CCGGCUUUACAAACACAGUUGUUCUGAACGAGAAAUUGAGAAUUGAAACCCUAAUUAGAAAGAGUGACCGGGCUGGUAGCUAGCUAGUUUCUUUCCCACAGGUAGUGGCGAUAGGUCUCAGUUAGACUCGGGUCCUACACAUCACUCGGCGUGAUGCCGUGAAUUUAGGGGUAAAAGGAAAAUCUUGGAGCACUUGCCGUAAUCCCAAAAGCAAAGCAAAAAUGGAGGGGCAGCAAUGGUGGAGGCUCAGGUUCUCCUUCAGGAACGCAACCAUAGUGGUGUGCUUCAUUAACGUAAUCACUGCACUCUUCUUGCUCCAUGGAUUCCUCACUUCUUCCUACACCCGCAACAAACUCUCCUCACCUAAUUCCAACCCAGCUCAAUUGAGUUAUAUUAAGGAAUCUGAGGAGAUUCGUCUUGCUAUGUUACCAUUGGAGUUGAUAAAGAGAGUGAGAGAGAUUGAGCAGGAUGUAUACACUGAAUCAGAAACAGCACAGAAGAAAGACUUGAAGCAGACUGCUGCAGUUGAUCUGUCUAAAAGGUUAAAAGAUAUCCGUUCCUUAAAUGACGCUGCCAGCCUGAAAGUAAUUUCUUGAUUAAAGUACUCGCUUCUCUAUUUCAACUGCUUUGGAGGAAUGGCGUAGAAGAAAGAUGGAGAGGGCCAGACAAAGACAAAUGGAGAAAAACGGAACAACCUCCUCUCAAGCGUGAGAACUAUAUGACUUAUAGUACAGGAUUUAGCUCCUUUAAAGUGACAACAUUGGAAAGGGGAGAAAGUGAGCUCUUAUUAUAUGCGAGUCCAACUAACUUGAUUCGAAGUUGAUCAGAGACUCAUUUUCUCCCUUUAACAACAUGAUCACUUUAUGAGAGUUCAAUCCAAUAGUACAAAUGAAGGUUAACAUGUUUACUUAAAUGUGUAACGGGACAAAUAGUAAUGAUUAGUGCACACACUGUAUAGCAACAAUCAUAAGCCGGUGCCGAGUAUUAUCAUUAUAGCUGACUUCUGUUGUAAAUGCCAUUUCUUCUAAGACACAGUUUGGUUGUGCAUUGCUUGA